GCACGUAACAUCCACGGAAAUCAUGUAAUUUGAUCAAAUUCCGACCAGUUUCAUAAGGUCUGAAAACAAAAUAUCAAUCUUUUACACUGCGAAUUGAUCACAAUUUGACCAAACAUCACAAUUUAAAUUAUUAUUAUUAUACAUAUACAUUGAUGUAGAUAAAGAAGUGGAGGACCUAAAAGUUGGGACAUAAGCCCCCUCUCUUUGUCAAAGAGAGAGGGCAGCUUGAAGUAGAUUCUCUUCACGUGCAUUUGAGCAAGAAAAAACACCAAAAAAAGAGUAGAAAAUGGCAUGGGUUUGUGGAGAAGAAAGAGAUAAUUCAAGUGCACAUGAGGAGAAAAUCUAUGUUGCAGUUAGGGUUAGGCCUCUGAGUGAUAGGGAAAUCUCAAAGAAUGAUUCGUCAGAAUGGGAAUGCAUCAACAACACCACUAUCGUAUUCAAGAACUCGCAACUUCCCAGUGCCUACGCCUUCAAUAGAGUUUUUGGGUUUAACUCUCCGACAAGACUUGUCUAUGAGGAAUCUGCCAAAAAGAUUGCACUCUCUGUAUUGAGUGGAAUAAACUCAACUAUCUUUGCAUAUGGGCAAACAGGCAGUGGAAAAACCUUCACCAUGUGUGGAAUCACAGAAUGUGCAAUUGCAGAUAUAUAUCAGUACACAUACAAGAAUCACGAAAGAAAGUUCGUUCUCAAAUUUUCUGCCAUGGAGAUAUAUAAUGAAGCAGUGAGAGAUCUUCUCCAAACUGAAGCCACUUCUCUUAGACUUCUUGAUGAUCCAGAGGUGAAUUCAUUUUCCUUCAACAUUUUGAUCCAUAACCAAAAAAAAAACACGUCCGCAUGCAUGUGUGAGGAUGGAGCUCCACGCACAGACCCAACUCCAUCCGCGCACAUGCAUGCGGACGUAUGCACCGGAGAUUGGUCGAUUUUCACCAAACCAUCCUUAUUUCUUUCUCUACUGCAGAGAGGGACGAUAGUCGAUAAGCUCACAGAGGUGACCUUAAAGGACGCGAACCAGCUAAAAGGGCUGUUAUCUGUCUGUCAAGCUCAAAGGCGAAUAGGCGAGACUAGCCUCAACGAACUCAGCUCUCGAUCUCAUCAGAUUCUGCGCUUGACUGUUGAAAGUGAAGCUGUUCAGUUCAGGGAAGCACAGAGUUCAAGUACUUUAACAGCUUCAGUGAAUUUUGUGGAUCUUGCUGGGAGUGAACGUGCUUCGCAAACGUUAUCAGCCGGGACGCGACUCAAAGAAGGUGGCCACAUAAACCGCAGCUUACUAUCCCUCGGAACUGUUAUUCGAAAGCUAAGCAAAGGAAGAAACGGGCACAUUCCAUACAGAGACUCGAAGCUGACGCGUAUAUUGCAGAACUCGUUGGGUGGCAACGCGAGGACGGCUAUUAUAUGCACGAUGAGCCCGGCUCAUAGCCACGUCGAGCAAUCAAGAAACACGCUUCACUUUGCCAACUGCGCGAAGCAAGUACGCACAAAUGCGCAAGUGAACGUCGUGAUAUCAGAGAAAGCACUGGUGAAGCAGCUACAAAAGGAAUUAGCUAGGAUGGAGAAUGAGCUGAAGAAGCUACAUUCUCACCCCAACACUGGCCCAACUUCCACAACUGCACUCAAAGAGAAAGAACUUCUGAUUCAAAAGAUGGACAGAGAGAUUAAAGAACUAACGAAUCAACGCGAUCUGGCUCAAUCUCGCAUGGAGAAUAUGCUGCAGCAUCAAACAUCCAGAGCUUGGAGUCAUGACGGGGCUUCGUGGACGGAUGAAUAUCCAGCGUCAGAAGCUUCCGAGUUUAUGGAUCCCCUGGGCUUUGAUGUUGCAUCGAGAGGGUCGCAGUUUGCAGAGAAUAACGAUGACCUCUUGUCGAGUACCAUGUCGCCCAGAGUGUGCAUCGAUAAGUACUUUGGUCCGGAUCCGUGCCAAGGAUGGGAGAAGAUGGCUCAAGCAGGCUUCAAUAGUUCAGACAGGAGAAACUCCUUGUCAAGAAACUCGAUUGCAAGUACUACUUCCCCGCGCAAGGCCUCGUCUUCUCCACGCAAUCUCUCAUCUUCUCCGCGCACCCGAGAGCGCCUCUCAGGGCGAUCUCUUCCUUCGUCCGACUUCAAUGCAUCGGAUUUCAGUCAAAAAACAGAAAGGGCACGAGAGUGCGUCUUAGGGCGACCUUCUGUUUCAUUAGACUUCAAUGCAUCUGAUCACAGUCCUAAAACAGAUAGAACGAAAAGCUGUGAAGCGAUACUGGCAUCGAUCAUGAACGGACCAGGCCGAGAAGGGACUGAAUCACCGUUUCUGGAGAAGAUUUCUGGUAAAAAGACACUGGCUGCUUUGCUCAGAGAGAACUCACGAAGACUCUCGGACGCAAAGAUACAGUCUGUUAGUGAAUCUCUGGACAGACAGGACUCUGGGAGGUAUUCCGAUGUAAAGCUACAUUUCAUCAGUGAUUCACUGUCCAGGGAGGACUCGUUCAGGCUUUCCGAUUCAACGUCAGUUAGCGAUUCUCUAUCCAGACAAGACUCCGGGAUCUCUGAUGGGAGAAAGCAAUCUAACAGUGAUGCUCAGUCCAGUGCAAGAAAACAGUCAAAUGGUGCUGCUCUGUCCCAACAAAACUCCAGAGUUACAGCAAGAGAGAAAUCUCUAAGCACGGAGAAGAGCAUGGAGUUGCCACGUAAAGACUACCCGGAGAAUCAACAGGAGAAACCUAAGACAGUGAAGCAACAGGCUGUGGAAACGAACAAGGGACGGUCGGUGAGUAGUGCUGCAGAAGGCAAAGCUAAGAAGGAAAGAACAGAAGAAGUUGCAGCAGCAAAGAGCAAGAGGGAAAGGAGAUUAAGUGGUGCUGAAGAGACUGCACCUGGAAAAGCUAAGAAGGAUGAAAGUGGUGCAGAUUGGAAGGUCCAGUUUGAGAGGAGGAAAAGGGAAAUCAUCGAGCUCUGGGACGCGUGCCACAUCCCUCUUGUCCAUAGGAGCUACUUUUACCUGCUAUUCAAAGGAGAUCCAUCUGAUGCAGUGUACAUGGAGGUAGAGCAUCGUCGGCUUUCUUUCCUGAAAACAGGAAACAAAGAUGCGAAAGACGAGGUUCCAUCAAGCCCAAAGGCUCUGCAACGUGAGCGCGAGAUGCUGAGCAGGCGGAUGCUGAAGAAGCUCACAACAAAGGAGAGGGAAGCUAUAUUCCAGAAGUGGGGCAUAGAGGUGAAAUCAAAACAGAGAAGGCUGCAGCUGUGCCGAAAGCUGUGGACUGAUACCAACGACAUGGAUCACAUCAACGAGAGUGCUGCAAUUGUGGCCAAGCUGGCGGGGCUGAAGGAAGCAGGGGAAGCCCCCAAAGAAAUGUUUGGGCUCAGCUUAGUACCCAAACAGACCAGCUCCAAGUCAUUUAGCUGGAGGCACCCCAUUCCUUCCAUCAUCUGAUAACACAUUUACAUACAUCUCUACCAUAAACUGGUUUUGUAUUUUUUUGUUAGAUUUUUCAACUCCCAUCAGUAUGUACAAUACAUAGUUGAGAUCCUAACACCUCUUUCUUAUCUCCAUUUUGUCCUUCCUUAUACACAGUUCCUAUAAUUGCUACACCACUCCUAUCUCAGCUCGAAAUUUGUCGAAAUAUGCAUCACAACAUUUUGUUUUUGGG